AUGCCAUCUUCUGGAGCUCAGCCAGCCCCUCCUAACCGAGAAAAGUGCAAGCAUGAUUCUCUGACUUUCUCCCCUUCUAACCAUGCCGUGACUUGGGGAUACUCUCCAUACACAAACCAACAGAUCCUAACUGCCAUCACUGGCAAGAGAAAACAUUCACCCCGAGCCGCCUUCAGCCACCAUUUGGACAUCUUCCCGGCUCCUCUGGUCCUCCCUGGUGAUGAGAUUGACGUGGACCCGACGUGUCCACCACAAAGUUUUCGGUCGUGGGUGAACCUCGGAGUACGGAAUCAUGUCACAUCUCGUCGAAAUGUGAUAUAUGUCGCUGUUUCGCCCGAAAUUGAUCCCAGUGUGGGCUAUAUGAGAGAGUGGUGCCGCCCAAAAGUUGAUUCAUCAAUGAAUUCCAAAACCCCCAUCCAAUCCACUCUCGAUAUCAGUUCGGUGGUUGCCUACCUUCAGGCUUUCUACCACGGGCUCGAGGUCAAGCUAUUUCCAACAAAGCUGACCUUUACUUCGUGGACACACUCCCCCGGUCACAGGCCGACGCGCAGUCAGAAAACACCGUCGAAAGGACAUUCUGGAGUCGAAUAUGUUGCCCUCUCCACCCAACGCGAACUUGUUCGCAUCCGUGUGCGCAGCAGAGCCCCUCUCGAUUCGGUGUCUCCACCUCACCUAUUUCCAUACACCCACCAGUUGAAUCUCAGCGAUCUAACAGAUGGCGCCAUCAGUAUUCUACCUUCAGACGCGUAUGCGCUCCUAUUGACGACCGUGCACGACAUAUAUGAAUCAGAUGAUGACGACUUCUGUUGUGGACGUGCGUGGGGUGCAAGCCGGGUUGCCAUUGUGUCGAGUGCACGAUAUGAUCCUGCCCUGGAUAAAUUGCAUGCAGUCGAUGAAGAUCAUGUUUGGCCGGCAAGUCAUUGCAAGACGUUCGUUGAAGAAAUGAGCAGGGAAAACCUAGAUGGUGAGGGACUGGACCGGGUAGAGAAGCGCCGAAAGAUCACCAAAUCUGCGACCGCUGCCUAUUCCUUAUCUCUGCAGAAAGCUCUCAAAGCACACAUGACUUCCGUCAACGUGCCGCCAUUGUCCCCGUUGGAUAUAUCCUCGGCUAAUCUGUUCCGCCUGUGCCGGACUGCUUCGCAUGAAUUAGGUCACUGCUUAGGACUCGAUCACUGCAUGUACAAGGCCUGUCUCAUGCAAGGUGCCGCUUCUGUAGCAGAGGAUCUACGACAACCACCGUAUUUAUGUCCGAUCUGUGAGCGGAAAGUUGGCUGGGCGGUGUGGGGAAGAGACAUGGCCAGGAGUAUGCCAAAAGCGAAGGUCGGAAAGACGAAGGGUAAAAACAAAAGGACACUGAACAGGGAAAUGGACAAUUCUGAUUGGGAACGAAAAUUUUCAAAUUGGAAACUGGAUAGGUGUUUGGCGAUGAAGCGAUUUUGCGAGGGACAGGGAGGGAGUUUUGCUGUCUUUGCGGCAUGGUUGGAGGAUAUGCUUGAGGUUACGGGUACUCGGUCUGGAGGCUCUGAUCUGUGA